GGGUAAAGCCACCAAGGAACCUGAAAACGGGCCCCCACAGAUCCCCAUCCCGGAUCACUCAGGUCUGCCCCCAGACAUGAGGGUGGCAUUGGAGGUGUCUUAGCGACAACUGUCCUAGGGGUGCUAUGGACACUGGGAUACGUUCCAUGCACUCAAGGUCAUCCUGUGUCUCAAUACUCUUAGUCCCUUUCUGGACCUGCGGGGACUGGUGGAGCGGGGACACCACCUGCAGAGACCUGUCACCGCGAAUAAGCGCUGUAAUGCGUUCUAAUUCGGUCUCAGCCGCAAGGCCCUAUGACAUGCAGCGGCCAAUCCACGACAAAAGCGGCUUCCAAAAACAUAAUAAAAACCGGUUUCCUGCUUCCGCCGCUGUUCCUCUUCCGGCGGAAGUCUGCGAGCCUGGUACCGAGCGUACCCACUACCCGGGAGGCUGGCCAUCUGGUCCCGGCCCGUGCCCACGCGCGCCCCGAAGAGCCUGCUCCAGGCGCUGCCGCCCGCACCAUGGCCGCCCCAGACUUGUCCACCAACCUCCAGGAGGAGGCCACCUGUGCCAUCUGCCUCGAUUACUUCACCGAUCCAGUGAUGACCGACUGCGGUCACAACUUCUGCCGCGAGUGCAUCCGACGUUGCUGGGGCCAGCCCGAGGGCCCGUACGCGUGUCCCGAGUGCCGCGAGCUGUCGGCGCAGAGGAACCUGCGACCCAACCGACCCCUCGCCAAAAUGGCAGAAAUGGCCCGGCGCCUGCACCCGCCGUCGCCCGUCCCGCAGGGCGUAUGCGCGGCGCACCGCGAGCCGCUGGCCACCUUCUGCGGCGACGACCUCUGCCUUCUGUGUCCCACCUGCGAGCGCUCGGAGCACUGGGCUCACCGCGUGCGACCGCUGCAGGACGCGGCCGAAGACCUCAAGGGGAGGCUGGAGAAGUCACUGGAGCACCUGCGGAAACACAUGGAGGAUGCGACGCUGUUCCAAGCCCAGGCUGAGGAGACCUGUGCCUUGUGGCAGAAGAUGGUGGAGAGCCAGCGGCAGAAUGUGCUGGGUGAGUUUGAGAGGCUGCGCCGCCUGUUGGCGGAGGAGGAGCGACAGCUGCUGCAGAAGCUGGAGGAAGAGGAGCUGGAGGUGCUGCCGCGCCUGCGCGAAGGCGCCGCGAGACUUGGCCAGCAAAGCGCGCAGCUGGGAGCCCUCAUCUCAGAGCUUGAGAACCGCUGCCAGCUGCCAGCACUGGGGUUGUUGCAGGACAUUAAGGACGCCCUGUGCAGGGUGCAGGAUGUGAAGCUGCAGCCUCCAGAGGUGGUGCCCAUGGAGCUGAGGACCGUGUGCCGGGUCCCAGGGCUGGUGGAGACCCUGCGGAAGUUCCGAGGGGACAUAACCCUGGAUCCAGACACUGCCAACCCAGAGCUGGUCUUAUCUGAGGACCGGAGGAGUGUGCAGCGUGGCGACCAGCGGCAGGCCCUGCCCGACAGCCCAGAGCGUUUUGACCCAGGCCCCUGCGUGCUAGGCCAGGAGCGCAUUACCUCUGGCCGCCACUACUGGGAGGUAGAAGUCGGGGACCGUACCAGCUGGGCACUUGGCGUGUGCAAAGAAAAUGUCAACAGGAAGGAAAAGGGGGAGCUGUCAGCUGGCAACGGGUUCUGGAUCCUGGUGUUCCUGGGGAGUUUCUAUAAUUCCACUGAGCGGGCCUUCUCCCCACUACGGGACCCCCCCAAGCGCGUGGGGAUCUUCCUGGACUAUGAAGCUGGUCAUCUCUCCUUCUACAGUGCCACAGAUGGGUCGUUGCUGUUUAUCUUCCCUGAGACCCCCUUCUCGGGUACACUCCGGCCUCUCUUCUCACCUUUGUCCAGCAGCCCAACCCCUAUGACCAUCUGCAGGCUCAUAGGUAUACCUGGAGACACCCUUGGUCCCCAGUGACCCAGACCCUCUAGAGGGUCCUCUGAUGGUCCCUUGUCCUGACCAUGCAGAGGCCCAGGAGCCAGAUGGUGUCCUGUGAGCAUUAGGAGAAGCACAUAGUGCCUUUCUGACCACACGUGGGAAACCCAAGUUCUCAGUCUCAGAGACAUAAUGUGAGUGGAAGUAUGCUGGUCUGGGCUCUACCCUCAUGUUGGGGAUCCUCUCUGCCACUGAUGUCACUUAGUGCCAAAAGCCCUCACCAAAGCACUAAGUCCCAUGUGUCACCAGCACCUCUGACUCGAGGUUCCAGUAAUGCGAUAGGCCUUUCCAGAAGUAAUCCGGGCCUGUCCACACUGCUGUGCCAACAAGCACACCACGCUAUCCCUGAAAUGAAAUUUGGUAAGGUUAGAUAGGGAGUCGGCUUCAAGCCCACCAGCAUCUCAGGAUUUGGUCCAGUAAAUGGGAGGGCUGCUCAGAGUCCUUACCAUGUGGGUGUGGCUACAGUGAAGGAUUAGAGAACAGCAGCCCAGCCCCAGAGGUGAAACAGUCUACUUUUGUAUUCAGCACAUACGGGGUCCAGAAACAGAACUCAGAAAUGGCACUUGAACAUACCCUUCUGUUCUGAGACUUACCUGGUUUGCCUUCAAAGGGGCUUCCCUGGUGUCUGGCUAGCUUUGGUACACUGCCUGUGGUUGUCUGCCCUGCAGAGUCAACCACACAGUCCCGAGUGUACAGGAGCCAGCAAUGACUGCUUUUGUAUUACACUUCCGGGAGUUUUAUCUUUUAUUUAUUGAAAGAGAGACAUUUAAAUAAACUGUCAUCUGGAACAGUG